AUGUUGGUCAAGCUCCUCACCAUCGUCUUCUUCCUUAGCCCACUCUCUCAAUCCCUAAAAUCCUCUUCCCAAAAUCUCGGCUUCACCUUCAAUGGCUUCCGUCCUCCAGUGACUGACUUAUCCAUGCAAGGAAUCGCCAGCAUCACACACAAAGGUCUCUUGAAGCUAACCAAAUACACCGCUCGGAAAACCAGUCAUGCCUUCUAUACCAAACCAAUCCGGUUCAAAGAUUCUCCAAACGACAGCGUUUCGUCCUUUUCUACAACCUUUGUCUUCGCUAUUCAAUCUCUGCUAACUGAAUAUGGCGGCGAGGGUAUGGCCUUUGUCGUCGCUCCUAACUUUGGCCUCCCAAUCACCAGCGCUGGCCAAUACCUCGGUCUCUUCAAUAUCAUAAACAACGGUAAUGAUACGCAUCAUGUAUUGGCUGUUGAGUUUGACACCAACCAAGAUACCGACGAUCCCGACGACAACCAUGUGGGAAUCGAUAUCAACAGUUUGAAAUCGGUGAAAACUUCACCGGCUGGGUACUGGGAGGAUAAAGAUAAGUUUAAGAAACUGAAGUUGAUCGAUGGUAAGCGGAUGCAAGCGGAUGCCCAUCAGAUCAGUGUAACGAUGGCUCCGUUCAAACAGGAUAAACCUAAAGAGCCGCUUGUUUCUAUUGUCAGAGAUCUAUCCUCGGUUUUUUUGCAACAUAUGGGAAAGCUCCGUCGUUGGCCUUAUCGAACCUUCCAGAGUUGGAGUCCAUGUAUGGACAGUCGUUGA